UGACAUGGCCAUCUCGAUAAAGUACUGGGCAAAUUAUACUGCCGACAAGCCUAAGCUCAUGAGGAAAUCCGAUAAUGCUGUUACAAGCGAACAUGUUCUUAAGUUUUUAUUCGACAAGGAAACAAAUACCUUACAGGUUGUCGUCCAAGAGUCGAUGAGAAAUACAUCGUACAAAGUCACGGCAACUCUGGCGGAUAGUUAUGCUGUAUGUGCUUCUUCCUGUGAAUGUCCUUUGGGCAAAUUUGUGUGUCACCAUGUUGCAACAGCUUUGUUUUAUGGAUAUAAAUGCGUUAGCAAAACAGAUGUAAAGUGUGGGUGGCUCAAAAAUCCAAAGACAUCUAUAAAAAGAAAUACCAAAACUAUGGAUGAGUUGUUUCCUGCAAGUCGUCCAGAAUACAGCAAUGGAAUGGAUUCUGCAACCUGAGCCACUGCGGCCAGUUCCUCCUGCUCCUAUUAUAGAGGAUCUUUUGACCAAUCCAGAGUUUAUUAAUGCAGAUGCCCCACUUGCUUGGUUACGCCGUGCAAUGAUUCUGUCAGAGGAGAUUAUUAAGUCCACUGCAGAGGCAACGAAAAGACAGAGAACAAAUCCUAUGUGGGCAGUCAUGAGGAAAAAUAGGAUUACUGCCUCCAACUUUGGAGCAGUGCUAAAUCUUAAGCGUAAACGGUAAUGUAUUUGCACAUUCGUAAAUGGUUGUGUUGAUUAAUAUAGAAAGAGUGUGUGGAAACAAUUUAAAGCUAAUGUAUUUGUUUAAUUUAUCCACAGCUUCAAGCUUUUAAUAAAUACAUGCAAAAAAAUGUAAAGGGGAGAAAGAUAAGAAAGAUAGGAGGAAUGAUAAAGAGAGAAAAGGGGAAUUACAUAUCAGAUUCUUUCAAUCUUCCAAAGAUUUCAUUUUUACUAAAGUUUGAUUACUUAUUUUUUUGUGUUAUUUUUAUUAUCAUAUGUUAAAGAAAUUUUGAUAAGCCGAAUCAGAUUAAAGUUUUGUUUUAAUCAAAAGAAAACUAUUUAUUUCAGACUCACUGCUUCUUUAAAGAAGCGUCUCAUGUCGUCCUACAAUUUAGAAAGUGUCAAGUCCAUUGCAUGGGGGAUAAUACAUGAGGAUGAUGCCCUGAAGAAGUACCAGAAUGACUUUGGUG